UUGGGUCGGGCCUGGUAGAACCCGGGCGGAUUGUGAUAUUUAAUACGGCGCAGGCCGUCGCUUCCGCCGUGAGGAUCAGAACCCUAGCCGCACCAACAAUCACAAUUCACAAGACAAGAUCCGUAGUUGCUGUUGACCGAAGAUGGCGAUGGCGGCUCUCCGAUGCGCCGCCGGAAGGAGGCUCGCCGGUGGCGGCCGCCUUCUACAGCCGGUGCUCAGCCGGCCUAGCCCCGCCGCUCCCGGCUUGGGCCGCCCGAAUCUCACCCAGGCCUUCUCAUCGCACGGGAAAGAAGAAGCCGGGAGGGAGGUCCUGGAGCAGAUCCAGGAGAAGAAGGAGAAGCUCUACGACCUCAUCCUGCGCCACGGCUAUAAGCGCAACGACGGCUCUAUGUGCUACUCAAACGUCCAGCUCAUGCAUCAUCUCUCCGCGCACAUCAAACCUAGGCCCGAAAGCAUCGCGUGGCGUUACCUUCGGAAUGUGCAUAGCUUCUAUAUUCUCUGGAUGUGCUUCAGCCCUGGUGUAAGCGCCUACGCAAUCUGGAAUAUCUACAAAGCGGGGGGCAUUAGCAAAUCCGCUGCUCAGCGCCGACGUGAGUUAGCCGACAACGAAUGGGGAAAGAACUUGGGUGCUGUUCAACAGGGAGGAGACGAGCUGAGGAAGAAGAAUUGCAUCGAUCAGGGGGAAGAAGUAGUUGUCUGCUAAAGCUGAAGGACUCAAGAUUGUCAAUGGACUGAUGGAGGUGUUGAAUCUUGGCUGUGAAGUUGUUGGAUAAUCGGUUGAUAGUGAUGUCUUGGAGAAUUCUCUGACGUUGUUUGAUGAUGCUUAACUGAUAUAUUUGUUAUUUUGUGAGAUUUCCUUGUCCA